CCCUCGCGAUAUGAACGAUCAACGAACAACUGUUUAUGUAAACUUUCUGUCAAGUGAAUACAGUACAAUGGUGUUUUAAAAUACUUUUAUCGCGCAUAAAAAUGUGCAAACACGAUUUUGCGAUCAAAUACUGAAACUUUCGAGUGAAUCGUUAAGUGUUGAAAGUUAAAACCAGUCCAGUUUCCUGUGCCAGUGAUUCAAAUAAAAAAAAACAACAGGUUGAUAACACAACAUCACCAUCUGUUUUCGAAUUAAAAUUGUGUUUGAAUUUUUUGUUUGUUCUAGUGAUGAUAGGAAUUUACUGUGUUUAAAACUUAAAAUUUCCAUGUGCUGUGUUUGAAACUAAAUUAUUGUCGAAAUUUCUAAAAUCCAAGUGACAAGUUUUCGUCCAUCGAAAAUGUUUUACAACUUAAAAUAAUGCUUGCUCAUCCAAAAAACAGAGUUCAAGCUAUUAAAAGUAAAUUCGAAAGCCUACACACGGAAAACGAGGUAGUUUUACCUAAAAAGGUUCCGUUGCAGGACAAACAGGUCGAAAUUAUCGAUAAAAAGAUCGUGCGAAAUGAGGUUACACAGGAAAAUUGUAAUAAAACUGACGAAUUUACACCCAAACCGAAUACGAGUUAUUUGUAUGGUAAAAAUGAGGUAAAACGCAGCCUGAGUGAUGGCAAAUCUACUCUAACACGUCAGACGAGUGAUCCGGGUAAAAAGUUACAUCGCAGUCACGCUUUUCGAUGCGAUCGCAGUCAGAUAAUCAACCAAAGCCCUCAGAGGCAUGGGAGCUGCAAGGGCAGAUCGGAAACCAGUGACUUUUCCUUGAAAAUGGAGAGCAAACUCAGUAAAGAACGUCUUAAACAGCUCGGGAGCUUUCUCGAAGAUCAAAUGAGGAAGGAAAACUUCCAGCCGUCCAAAACUAGCUGUGAUGAAGACUGUGCUAUAGUUGGUGUGGUGUGUGAAGUUCAGAGUAACGAUUCGAGUGUUACAGGGACCCCUGAUGUGGUACCAGACUCGAUACCAGACUCCCAGGUUCCUAAACAUAUUUUAGAUCAGUAUGCGAAGGUUGUGAAAAAUAAACCACAUGAAAGUAGACAAGAUUCCAUGACAGACAGCGGUGUCAGUUCCGAAACUGAGAACAUAGAGGAAGAAAAAACAAAUAAAAUCAAGAAACUAGUAUCGCAAUAUGAAAAACCAGAUGUAAAAACUGAUAAGACUGAUGCAGAAAAAUCAAAACCUAAUUUAGAAUCCAUGAAUAUGUUAUGUGCUUCCAGUGAAACUAUGAAAUUAGAACGUAAGAACCCACAUUUAAUUUUAACGGAUACUUUGAAAAAGGCUCUUAAACAACCGUUACCAGCCGGUCCACCACCGAAAAAACCACCAAGAUCUUUUAACUCGCCAACUAUCCAAGAAUCUCCAGAAAAAAGUAAAAAGGAUGCAAAAAAAAUGCUCGAAAAGUUAGAACAGGCAUUACAUAAGCGAGAAACUCAAAAUACAACUAAAAAUAUCUACGAUAUAGCCGAGACUGAUCAAACAACGAAUAAACCAAAAGAAAUGCACUAUUUAUGUACAGAACUCUUAGAUAUAAAACAUAGAACUCUAGCACCUAUCAAUGAAAACGUAAAGGACCCGUUUACCAAAUGCUUCAAUUCGUUAAACUGUGCCAUAAUAACGAACAAUUCUACGUUAAGCUUGCCAUACACACGGUUCAGUACACAUGACUGUAUUUGUGAUUGUAGUACAGAGAACGUAGAUACGAACAAUUUGAGUACGUUCUUGAAGGAGAAGUGUUUGAAGUGUCAAAGUAAUGAUAGGGCGGAUGGAUUUAAGUGUCAUUUGAGUUGUGAAUGUAGGGAAGAGAAGUCUGAGUUCUUUGUUAAAGAGCAUAUCUAUGACAUACCAUAUAACCAGCGCGGUGAUCGUGGUAGACAGUACGGGACUUUGAACUCUUGGAAGGUGAAUGGGGCUCAUAGUAGAAGUAUGGAGGAGCUUACUUGUACAGAUGACCAGAAGAUCUACGACGAACCAUGCGAGGUCUCCCGUCCACCGACCCCGGAGAUACCCAAAACGGAAUUCCAAAAACUGAGACAAAACUUCGAAAACGCCUCCCAAAAAGUGAAAAAUGUGCAAGAGAAACCAGUGACUCUACCGCCUAAGCCGAUUUUGAGUAAAAAAGUAUGGAAGUCCACGGAAAAUGUAUCCGACGACUUCAGGAAGGCGAAGAGAGCAGUGGAGAAGAAGUUUGCAACUGAAACUAAGCGGUACAAGAAGAAUGAAGCCAAAAUGUUGUUCAGUUUGCCCAAGAAGGAGACCCAGUUGGACGUGGAUCGAGAAAACCUGAACCGUCUGAUGACGGAGAUAUACGAGACGGUGACGGCGGCGUGCAACAUGGACGAGAACAAGCCGGGCAGCUUUCCCACUGACCUCCCCGACACGUCCAGUGAAGAGUCCGCAAAGCUGACUCGCAGUCUAACGGAGAAGCGCAAGAAUUACGUGCGCCGGGUAUCCUCGAGGGUGGCCUAUCUGGACAAAAAUGUCAGAUCCCCUCGCUUCAGACACCAGACGUCCAUCUGUUCCUACAAGUCCGAGGUCCUAGACAACCCGUACUCCACCUUCAGGUCCUGGAAGAGUUUUAGGACCUCCCAAAGCAAUUUACGAGACAAAAUGGAGAGACACGAUUCCACCGACUCAAAAGUCAACCUCACAGACUCGAGUGGGAACAUUCUAUCCAUCCAAGACAUCAGCGAUGAAUCCCUGGACAACUUGAGCAUAGACGAGAAGGCGGGCUGCGUCGACCUUGAGCUGCCCUUCGAGCCAAGGGAAAAGGGGUUGUUUAACGUCUGUCUGUUGGUCGGACUGAAUUAUAUGACUGGAGAGGCGUAUGUGAAGAGUGUGUUUCCUAGUCAGGUCCAAGUACCACCACAUAUAGAAAACCUCAUCUUCCCGGAGACCAUAAGCUCUGGCAGCGUGGGCGAGUGGGCGACAGAGAAGACUGCUCAGUGCUACUCUCUCGUUCUAACCGAUGAGAAAGGGGAGCGGGCUUAUGGAUACUGUCGGCGCGUGCUGCCCGAGGGCGCUACGACCUGCCUUCCUCUGUGUUACUGCCUCAUCGGCAAAUACAGGGCGCCUGGCUUCUAUUACAAGAUUCUACAAGAAAUAGAAUCGCAUCACGGCAACUCGGAAGUGGAAAUUAAUCAAAUACUGCAUCAGUUAUUCGAGACCGAUUUCCCGAGUCCGGGCGAGCAAAUAUCGAUUAUUUACUCGAGCAACAAUCUAUCGAGACAGCCCAAUCGGAACUCGGUUAGUUUGGGCGACAUUCACAAGUGCAAGACAAUGCCCGAUCCAAGGAGAAACGAGAGUACUAUGAACGUUUCCGUCACUAAAGAGAGUUUGAAGGAGAGUUCGGAGGGAGUGGAGAAAACGGAGAGUGAGAUGUUUCUGGAAACGGAGAGUCAUGCGUUGCCGGAUUAUUACGACUUGGAGAAUAAUAACCGGCCGAAACGGGUGUUGCUGAGUUUGGAAGGACCUAGAACGCGUGUGAUAAGGCGCCCCCUGGACCCCCGGGCGGAUGAGGACAAUAUGUCGGUUCUGCUGGACUCGUUCGGUGCGGGGCUCGUCAUCAAAGUGUUCGGCUCGCUUUUGCUCGAGCGCAAGGUCAUCGUUAUGGGCGACCAGCUUAGUGUAAUCUCAUCAUGUAUGGAGGCUCUACAAAGCGCGCUAUACCCGUUCGUCUGGCAACAGCCUCUGAUCUCAGCAAUUCCCUCGCAAAUACAACGAGACGUGCUCACGGCUCCCUUGCCGAUCCUCGCUGGGAUGCUGGCUCAUCAUCAUCCAUCACAGUUUGAGGAGGGCAUGUUAAUAGACCUGGCCCACCCGUCCAAGGUCCUAUUCUACCAGGGCGACGAAUCGACAAUCGUGCCCACAGCCAGCUACAAAACGUUAAAAACCUCCUUACAAAUGGAGUCAAAGACUAAAGACAAGCUAGAAGACACGAAGACGCGCAACGUGAUGAUAUCGGAGGCGUUUUUGAGAUUCUUCGUCGAUAUUUUGGGGGACUUUUGGAGGUUUUUCUCUGAAAAGGAAAUGAAGGAUGGAGAUUUGGGAAGGAAUGGUGUUGUUUUUGAUAAAGAGGCCUUCAUCAAGAACGCAUCAUCCAAACAGGUGCAAUACUUCCUGGAGUGGUUCACAGAAACGGCCAUGUUCAACCAUUUCAUACAAAACAUGGCGCUAUGCUACCGCGACCUACCGCUACCCAGCGAUUACAUCAAUACCGAUCUAGUCGAUACCCCGCUACCCAACUACUACGAAUUGUUCCACGAAAGAGUAAAAAGUAGGACGAAGUCCGAAAAGAGUAACAGUAAAAUCGAUUAUAAGAACGCUGUCAAUAAAAAGGUUAGGUUGCUGAAAAGUAAAUUACGCGAUCUGGUUACUUAAUCAAAUGU